CGCGCCCCCCUGUCCAUCGCCUGACCAUCACAACGGUAGGGAAAAGAAAAAACGGGUCUGAGAUCCUUUUGUCAGUGAUCUCUCUCUCUCUCUUACUACAGAAGUAUUCUCGCCCCUUUUCAAAACCGUGCCCGUAGAUAAAUUCUUUCAUACCCUUUCCCGCGCUCUCGUCCCAUAAUAGUAGUACUCCAUACCCGUCCGUCCCUGAUUUUCUCAUCAGGAGUAGAGUUACCGUCCUGCGACAAUCAUUAAUGUUUUUUAUACUCCGUAGCUUGACACAAAAAUAGGGAUCAAUAUUGCCCACUCCCGAAAGGAGAAGAGGACAAUACCGCGCAGACACUACAGAUACGGACAACUGUAACAAGCUAAUUUCCAACGCUAAAAGGCUAACAGCCCACACUAACUCAACCCGAUGUCUUGAGCCUUCGGGCUGUGGGCCCCCCUGAUGAUUUAUUAUGAUUAUUUUUGUUAUUUUAUUAGUAUUCCCAUUAUUUCCCUGCCUGUGAAUUUUAUUCUUUUUUGGUUAACCAUCCACUCAUUCGGUCCAAGUGCCACGCUCUCUCUUCCUCUCACUUACUUUCUCACACUCUCUUUCUUGGUUCCUUUGGUUCACCCCCUGGAAAAAAAGGCAACUUGCUUUGUCUCUGCCAGACUUUGAGCAACCCCUGCCCCACGAGGACUUCGAUUCGUGUACAGAUUUUUUGCAAGAAGCGCGCGACUGGCUUGCUGUGAAUUUGGUAUGUCUCCUAUCAUGUGCACCUCCGCCAAACACCCGGGAUCACAUACAAUAGCAGUGCAGCUCUUCGUUCUCUUGCAUUUCGCAGUGAAGGAUGCAAGCACAUACAUGGCUAGUGCCUAGUAUCGAACAGACCGGCUUGUGGUCAAUGGAGGUUGAGCGCAUGCUAAUAUGGGAUCCCGCGGUUUAUAUAGAUUAGA